AUGAAUGACUUUGUUGUUGAUGGAUACCAUAACAGCAUCAUACAACUAGUGAGUACAGAAAUUAGUACCAAUGAGGAGUUGUCAAAAGAAACAAAUGAAGAAAUAAAUCCAAUUGCAGCAUCAACUAAUCUUGGGAAUCGAAAUAAGAGCUCCGAAGUUUCAUUGUCACGAACAAAAAGGCAAUAUUAUUAUGAUUACUAUCCCUAUUACAGACGAUAUCGUCCAUAUCCUUUACCAGUAUUUGUAGGGAUAGGUGGUUUUGGUAUAGGACCUGGUUUUGGAUAUGGCAGAGGAUUUGGCGGUAGAGGUUUUGGGGGAAGAGGAUUUGGUGGUCGUGGACUUGGGGGCAGAGGUUUCGGUGGCAGAGGUAUAGGCGGACUAGGUGGUAGAGGAGGUAUUGGUGGAUUUGGAGGCGGACAUGGCGGGAGGGGAUAG